AUGGCGCAUCAUUUGCGUCCUACACGUCAAUAUAAAUCAUUUGGCCGAAGAAAGGUGAAAGUGAUAAGCGAAGAUAUGUGGGUGCAGUGGCCGCGUCGUAACAUUUGCGAGUACAACCGGAAUACCACAGGGAGUCGUGACACCCGGAGUGAACACCAACGCGAAAAGUCUCCUCUUCCUCUCUCUCUCCCCCCCCCCCAUUAUAUUAUACUCUACUCUACUUUAUACGGGGUUUACGAUCGAUAUAGUAUACCAGCCGAUGAGCUUGGUGCCUGCGGACAGUAG